AUGAGCCGGCCAACACCGCGUAAGGCGCGGCACAGUCGCCAGCCCUCGAACCGAAUACCCGCCGUCUCAGACUACGAGUCCGAUGCCGCUGCAUACUCGUCGAUGCACAACGCCUACGCCCCUCCCCCGCCGCGCACCAACACUGCCCUCAACCUCUCGGUCCUCCAGCGCUACUUGCCCUCGAUCCACACCAUCCUCAGCAUAGCGGCCAAUGCCGUCAUAUACACCUUCGGCAGCGAGUCGGGAAGCUGGGACAAGUCCGGCGUGGAGGGCACCAUGUUCGUCUGCGCCCAGUCGCCGCUCCCUGAAGACCCAAACCACCGGCCACGGGCCUGUGUGUUUGUCUUGAAUCGGAGGGGUCUGGACAACGUCAUCGUUGAUUUGGCGAGGGUUACCCAUGUCGAGAUCUCGGGGGAGCUGGUCAUCAUGCGAGUUGAGGGCGAGUGGGAGGAGGGAGAAAAGGUAUUGGGCGUGUGGAUUCACAACGACAAGGACGAGACAAGAGAGGUGAACGCGGCCAUGAUCCAGGAGAGCUGGAAGAUUGCAAGAUCUGCAGGCCCGGUUGAAGCACAGGGGCCCGAGGCUGGACCAGCGAUGCAGGCUAUGGGCCGCAGGCUGAGUUUGAGUGACUUGUUCGGAAAAGCUUCUGGUGGAAACUAG